GGCCGGUUUCGAUGGACUGAAGCACAAGGCCCCACUAUUCUUAGAGCGUAUAACGCUAGAAUUUCAAACUGGGUUUGUCCCACUUUUAGGCGUGCCCGAGCCAGAGGGGUAAGGCCGGGAUGGUGUUCGGAUGAGGUGUGAGAAAAACUCGUCCGCCACUGGUCUUCAGAUCCGAACUUCUUGGCUAGAAGCGAAGCCGGGAACAAAAACCGGAUGUCCGAGGAGGCAUUACAGACACAAUGGCACGGGAGCCGCAAACCUCAGAGUAAACAUAAGGAAGCUCUUGUGGGGCCUGAGAAGAAGAAGGUCUCAAUCCUCAAGGUCAUCAAACACUGUUGGACGAAGCACGGCGAUGUGUCGGAAGCCGAUCUGCCAACCCGCCUCGCCGAAAUCGAAACGAAGUAUAACACACAUGUUGAGAAGAAGCGGGCGGAAUUAGGCUUGCUCCACGAGGAUGAGAUCGAUUCUGAUGUGGAAGAUGAUGCGAUCUUGGAGGCAGUUGGGGUGUACAAGGGUCGGCUUCUGUGCAUGGGGGCUGAGGGGCAACGGAUUUUGUAUGACCGCAGCUGCAGCGGAGCUUCAUCUUCUCGAUCAAGGCGGGGAGAGGAUCCACGCAUCACCCAAAUGCAGUGAGAAUUGGAGGAGCAGCAUCGGGCAUUAGAGGAGCAACGGAAGGAGGAAGAAACAAGAGCCCGGCUGGAAGCGAUGGAACAGAUCUUAAACGUCGGAUAUCGACCUCCGCCUCAGCCUCAUCCUCGGCUGCACAUGGGUAAUAUGGGUUAUCAUUCUAACUCCGGAUAUGGUAGCAUGCUUACGAUGGGGUCGACAUUCGGAUCUCUGUCGUAUGAUUUCUUGAAUCAAUUUCAGUCAGCCGGAGGAGCCAGUCGAGGAGGCAGCCGAGGAGGUACCCGUUCCGAAGACCCCGUGGCAUCCGAAGAGGAUGAUUAUCUUGUUUAUGAUGAUAAUGAUGCAUAUGAUAAUGACGAUCCUAGUUUUGAUCAUAAUGGAGUCCGACGGUCGGG